AUUCUCUUCACUACAGAUAUUCAGACACACAUCUCAGAGAACUUGAUUAAUAUUUAUAGUAACAUGAGUUUUAAAUGUCACUCAGAACCCUCUCUGUAUAGCCUCUAGAUAUACAGCUAGCAAUCUACUGCGUAAUCUGGUUCUAGGUUGAAUUAAGCUACUUCCUCUUUGAAAUAAACUUCCCCCCUGCCGCCGAGUCACAAAGCUAAAUCACGUCAUGUUAUAUAAUCAUCGCCAAGACCCCCGCCCUUGGCUAGAACAUUCCGGUGCUUUCUCCGCUUGCUCCUCCGCUUUGGUAGAUGCAGAUGCCUUUCUGUUCUCCCGCUCCUAUCAUUCAACGCACAUUUUGAUGACGCACUGCUCUGCCGCCUGUUGUAUGCAGCCACUUUAACCUAAUAAGGGUCGGAGCAUAUCUGGACGACAUACUGCUUAUAAGAGAGAACACCAACCUUAUUUUCCCUCAACACUCAUUAUGGCUCCCAUAUCAUUCUCUACAGGCACCCGGGCCCAGCAACAAGAGGAUUCUUCGUUCACUCAAAUGGACCCCGAUCACGAUCUUGAAUCCAUAGGCAGACACUGCCAGUUCGAAUUCUGCAACCAGCUCGAUUUCCUCCCCUUCCGCUGCGAGUCCUGCAAGGGCACAUUCUGCCUCGACCACCGGACGGAAAUGACACACAAAUGCACACAUGCAGGCGAAUGGGCAGCUGCCCGGCGGAAAAACUCCGUCGGUGCUAUAGGCACUGGAAACGGCAGCAUGAUGUCCUCUCUUCCGCCGGUUAAACCUACCGUUUACAACUCCACGCAGUGCUCACACCCAUCCUGCAAAACUCUAAUCCAUACUUUGCAAAAUACCGGCGUCCACUGCAACGAAUGUAACCGCCAGUACUGUCUCAAACAUCGCCUGUGCGAAGACCAUGACUGUGCCAAGCUCAUUCCGAUCGGUGCGCGGCCUGCCAGGCAAGAUCCGUCACCGGCUGAAAAGGCGCGGCUGGCAUUCUCCCGCCUACGGACGUGGGGGAAAGAUAAAUCCUCCAACGUCGCCGCGAAUCUGGCUCCCAAGCCGAAACCCAACAGCGCUGCGGCGCGCAUGGCAAGGCUUACAGAGUUGAAAAAGAAGGCAAAGGGAGAACCCAACCUUGCGCUACAGAAGCGGUUUUACUUGCAUGUUGAAGCGUCCGCGGAUACCACAACGGCAAAGUAUCCUACAGGUGAUUUUUACUUUGAUUCCUCUUGGAGUGUGGGCAAGGUUUUGGACGAUGCGGCGCGCAGGUUACAGGUGCAGAACAUCAAUAAUAGAGUUGCUGACGAGGCAGAGAGGCUGCGCGUCUUCCAUGUCGAAGGGGGGAAGUUGUUAGAGUUCUCGGAGAAACUUGGUGCCUCUGCUGGUGUUGCGCAAGGGGAUACCAUUGUGCUACUCCGGGGCGUUGGCCCUCCACCCGAGCUUACUGUAGAACGGUGAUAGUAGACAGAUCGUAGUGGCUUUAUUGUUUUUCUUUCUCUCACCUUAGACCGUGGAUAUGGUGCUAUUUUUGCUUUUAUCCUAGUUUCCGGGGUGCAUUGUGUGUCCCAGUUUGAUUAUUACGAUUACCCCAUGUUGCGAUAGCAGAAGGCGUUCAUUUUGCAUAUAUUACAGGCUUGUCAUUGUCAUUGGAAAGAGAGCAUAUUCUUAACAUACUUGUUGUCUUCUAAUCUCAAGAGCACUCAGAAUAUAUGAAUAUUCAUAUACCCGUUAACCUGAACUCCAAGCAGCGGUUCUCUGCCGCUUCUUAGCAGUGCAUCGAUCCAUUUACUGCCAAAAUGAUAACCAGAUACCAGCUGUCUAUUAAACUCGCAGAAUACCGGAGUUCAUUAAAAAUUUCGCCAUGUUCUCAUAGCCCAGAAGCAGUUUCAUAGCAUCCCAAAAAAAACCCGCUACACGCUCAUUUUCAUCUUAAUCCCCUUGUGCGGCUUAUAUCCCACAACCUCAAACUCCUCUUCCUUCCAACCAUCCAUAACCCCCGAGCCUCGGUCAUCGCGUUUAAUUAUCAGUUCAGGAAAUUCCACCGGCUCCCGCGUCAACUGCUCCUGUAACGCCUCGAUAUGAUCCAAAUACACAUGCGCAUCGCCCAUGGUAUGUAUUAGCGUGCCGGGAUGUAAAUCCGCCGCAUGCGCCAGCAUAUGCGUCAGUAAUGCGUACGAGGCGAUAUUAAACGGCACCCCAAGUCCCAUGUCGCAUGAACGCUGGUAGAGCUGACAGGAUAACGUUCCUUUCCUCUUCUCCCCCCUCCCAUCAUGACCAUGAUCCCCAGGAGGGAACGAGACAUAAAACUGCGCAAACAUGUGACAAGGUGGCAGCGCCAUCUUCUUCAAAUCCGCCGGGUUCCAUGCGCUCAGGAUAAUCCGUCUAUCGUACGGGUUGUCCUUUAGCUUCCGCACCACCUCUGCAAUCUGAUCCACGCCUUGCCCUGCGUAGUCAGUCUGGGCAUCGAUGUAUUCCGCGCCAAAAUGCCGCCAUUGAAACCCGUACACGGGGCCUAGGUCGCCAACAGGACGAUGGGAUAGACCAACUGAGUCGAGAUAUUCACGGCUCCCGUUACCAUCCCAAAUCUUUAUGCCAGCUUCGCUAAGAGGGAGGGAGGACGUGCAUCCUGAUAUAAACCAGAGGAGUUCGGCGAGGACGGCACGGAGGAAGACGCGCUUGGUGGUUAGGAGAGGGAGGAUGGGGGUGCGGGAAGAGGUGGAGGCCGAGUUGGAGGUGUUGGGUUUUGAAAGGGAGAAGCGGAGUUGCGGGGGCGCGAAGAGGGAGCGGGUACCCGUACCGGUGCGGUCAGGGCGGUAUUCGCCUGCUUCGAGGAUUGAGCGGAUUAGGUUGAGGUACUGAUGUUCCUCGUGGGAGGGAUUGUGGAGGGGUGAGGGGACGGGUGACGAUGUUGGCUCUGCUGGUGUUGGCGGGUUUAAUGUGUCGUUAGGUUUUGGUGUUUCUGAGGGGGUGAUGGGAACUGUUUGCGUGUCAGACCGAGCCAUGAUUAGCUAUGUUGUGGCUACAGUUGCCCUUUAUCUGGCAUCGAGGUAUAUACCGGCUGUGGUAUGUCAAUCCUUUUGAUAUAACAUUACAGCCGUUUGGUUGAAUGAAUCUCAAUCCCGUCGCGUGCAAAGGGUUUUGGGGCUUGGAUCAGUGGACGCGUCGCGAAAACCACGUGAUGUCUUUUCUUUCUGAAUUGUUUCUAUUCACGCACCGCAUUCAAUGCGGUUAAAAUUAUACAGAUAAUUGCUAGUUAGGUAGUAUUAGAUCAAAUCGCGGAGCUAUGUACAGUACUAGUAAGGGAGUCUUCUAAAACGCCGUCCCAAUGCACCCACCCAUCAUGAUAGUGCUAUUAACUCUGAAUCCAAAUGAACCAAUUCUAAUCAACCAGCAAAUCUACGCCAACUCCUUGUAGAGCUGUAAUCGCCCAUUGGGGUAUCUUCGAGUGGUCGCCGUACAUAUUUUUGAAAAAUUCGCGAAGGAAGUCGGGGAAUCUAUCUUGAAUAAUCGACUCUCUAAGGGAACCCAUCAUUGCAAGCAUGUAGUGAACAUUGUGCAUUGUAAGUCUGCAGGAUAUAGGCUCUCGUAAUCUCAAGCCCCCCGUCUGCCUUGGAUCGACAACACGCGCAUUGACAGCCCUCUUCAAUCGGCCGGAAGUCGUUCGCAUAUGACGCAUUUCGGAGGUUCAAGGUGCCAAACGAAGUAACUGCAUUUCCGAAACGCUGUUUCGCGGUCAAACAUAUCCGCUCCGAGGGCAACGGCAACAACGAGAUCUUCUGGAUAUCCCUGCAAAACUGUCAGUUUCUCAUUCACUCAUUCAUGAGACCGAAAGUGACAUACUACACCCAUGACAUAUCGUGGCUUUUUCUCGGGUAGUAGGCCAGUACAAGUAUUUACUCUAGCAAAUUAUAAAGAUUAGCAGGCAUUCCCAAUAUCCCAGAUAGAUAGCCUCCCUAGGCGCAGGACUCACACUUUGCAAAAUUCAUCCUUCGCCUCGCCACCAGAAAGCCCGC